GCAGGACGCGGGUGCAGCUGGUCUCUGUCCCCGGUCCCGGUCUCACUCCAGUCCCGAGGCGACAUGGAGAAGCUGCGGCUUUUGGGCCUGCGCUACCAGGAGUACGUGACCCGCCACCCGGCAGCCACGGCCCAGUUGGAGACGGCUGUGCGGGGCCUCAGCUACCUGCUGGCAGGUCGAUUUGCCGAUUCCCACGAGCUCUCAGAACUGGUGUACUCCGCUUCCAACCUGCUGGUGCUCCUGAAUGAUGGCAUCCUGAGGAAGGAGCUUAGGCAGAGCCUGCCUGUGUCGUUGUCCCAGCAGAAGUUGCUAACAUGGCUGAGUGUGUUGGAGUGCGUGGAAGUGUUCAUGGAGAUGGGGGCUGCCAAGGUGUGGGGAGAAAUGGGCCGUUGGCUCAUCAUCGUCCUCAUCCAAUUGGCUAAGGCUGUGCUUCGGAUUCUCCUGCUGCUCUGGUACAAGGCUGGCCUGCAGACCUCACCCCCCAUUGUGCCACUUGAUCGGGAGAUGCAGCUUCACUCCCAAGGUGGUGAGCACAAUUUGGGCAGCCAGGACCGGCCCUAUGUGGGGAAGAGGUCCAACCGGGUGGUGCGAUCCCUGCAGAACACACCAUCCUUGCACUCAAGGCACUGGGGAGUCCCCCAGCAGCAAGAGGGGAGACUCUCCCACCGAGGGGAGGAACUGGAGGCUGGCCCUACUCCCCUGGGGCUACAGGAGACCAUUGCUGAAUCCGUGUACAUAGCCCGACCCUUGCUGCACUUGCUGAGUUUGGGCCUGUGGGGUCAGCGGUCCUGGAAGCCUUGGCUCCUCUCUGCCAUCUUGGAUGUGACCAGCCUAAGUCUGCUGAGUGACAAAAAAGGGCUGACUCGACGAGAGCGCCUAGAGCUCCGGCGUCGGACCAUCCUGCUGCUUUACUACCUGCUGCGUUCCCCCUUCUACGACCGUUUCUCUGAGAAAGAAAGAGAAGAGGGCCCAAGACAGAUCCUACAUAGAGACAUGAGUCAUGUAUGAUGGUCUGCCAAAGGAGAAUGAGAAAGAGGUCAACCAGGUAGGAAAAACAGGAGAGAGAGCACCCAGGAAAACAAAUUGUGGGAAGAAGUGCUUAGAGCCAGCAGGAGCCUUCCAAGCCAUUAGUCCAACUCUCUCAUUUUACCGAAGUCAUAUCAGUAAUAAGUAGCAUAAAUGGCAUUGCAAAGAUUUGAACUUAGAUCCAGCCCUCAUUCCCCUGGACCACACUGCCUCCCCUACCUGGGUCAGGAAGGAUGAAGAAUAAGAAGAGUUCUUUGGGUUUAGCAGUUAAGAGAUUGUUUGGAAAGAGCGGUUUAAGCUGAGCAGUGCUGUCAGAAUCAAAAUUGCAAGGGGUUCAGGAGUGAGUGGGAGGUGAGGAAGUGGAGGUGAUGAGUGGAGAUGACUUUUUCUAGUUUGGCUGUGAAGGGCAGGAGAGAAAAGACAGCAUGAAUCGGUGGCAGGGUCAAAUGAAAGAGUUUCAAGGAUGAGGGAGCUUUGGACAUAUUAGAAGGCAGCAGGGAAGAAGCCAACAGAUGGAAGAUCAGAGAUUGGUCAAUGGGAAAGUGAUGGAAGGGACAGACUCCUAUUAGAGAUGGGAGGAGAGGAUCAAGGGCAGGCCUGGCCUGCUGUCCAAGUAGCCU